AUGGAUGGGGAGAUGAUUUUAACGUUCCUCCCCGGGGCGGCGCAAGGAUUAACAACGGUCGCUCUAGGACAUCCGCUUGAUACCGCCAAGACCCGCAUGCAAGCUGUGGGUCCCAGAGCAAGCCGAUCCUUUGUGUGCACAAUUUGGAGCAUGACCCGUGCAGAGGGGGCAUGGAGUCUGUACCGUGGUGUUACUCCACCCUUGGUGAUGUCAGCAACAAAGCGUAGUUUGCAGUUUGCUGUGUGGGACACGUUUCGGCAACAUGAUAUUCAACGAACAUCACAUGGGGCCUCCCCAUCGUACGUGAGUUGUACUUUCUCCAAAAUAUUUGCAUGGAUAGGGGCAUCGCCGUUUCGUUCAGGGGCAAUUGCGGGUGGCUUUGGGACACUUAUUGGUUGCCCGAUGCAUGUCAUAAAGAUCCAAACACAGUUUUCUACUCGCUGCGUCACAAAAAAUGCCUGGACGUGUGCAAUUGAUAUUUACCGCAAUGAGGGUUUUUGUGGAUAUUAUCGUGGAUUCCGGUACCAUGUCGUGAAGGAUAUAUUUUUUGCCAGUUGCUAUUUGGGUUUGUAUGAUGCAAGUAGGCGGUGGUUAUGUGAGCUCUUUAGUGUGUUUUCGCAGCAGAAGUGGGGUCCUCGCGCAACCGUCAUAGUGGGAGAUUCCACGGAGUAUUUUACGAGUCAAUCAGCAUUCCUUGCAGGCAGCAUUGCCUCCAUGGCUACAUGGACCCUCCUAUAUCCACUUGACACCAUAAAAACAAUUGUACAGGCCCGCAAUAUUGGCUUCUUGCAGGUGACGGAUAUCUUUAGGCGGGAGAUUUCCGCAAUGUACCGGGGAAUUGGGGUGUCGCUGGUGAGGGCGGGCCCUGUGAGCGGUGCGGCAAUGGUGGUGUACGAACUGGCGAAAAGCAAGACGGAUCAGUUGCUGCUGCAGAACAGAAGAGGGCACACAGCGGCGGGGGAAAAUGGAAAAGUACGGUGCUAA